AUGGUGAAGAAUGCCAAACAGGCACCCAAGGCAAAGGCCUUUGCGACAGCAGAGCCCAAGGCAAAAGAGGCCUCUAAAUCGGACUCAUUUGACGUCCCAGCAGCAUUCACGCAGGCUCCAUCCUCUCUGAAAAGCUUCCUCGAACCGCUAUCUCCCAAACGCAUCUAUCUUCUCCAUAUCGAUAACCAUCCUCCCAGCUUCAAGCUACAAAUAUUCCUCGCCCACCUGGCAAUAAACAUUGUCAUAGUCGCAUUUAUCUUAUACAGGAUAUAUACCGGCCUGUACACAUAUCCGGAUAUAUUCACAGCGUUAGUAGGCGGGGACAGCCCGGCGAAAAUAGACACAUCAGCAUCUAGCUGGGGCUUUUUAUCCAGCACCAUAGCUUGGAGAACGUUCAACUUUCUCCUAGACUACUUCCUAGCGACGCUCUUCCUGCCCUGGCCGGUACGAUAUCUCCUUGGUCCCGCCCGGUGCCGACUAGCAGUUGGAUUCCAGUCCGCGGAAAUAAUCGUGCGUUACAGCCGAGAAUGGAGCGAAUCCCUACAGCCUGGUACAUGGAUUAGAGAUGACGAAGCAGCGAUGAAAGAACGCGUGAUUCCCGCAAUACUUCCACUCCGCCUACAGAAUACCGGAUAUUUACUUAUUGACGCUGAUUGGGAUGUCGAUUGGGAUGCUAUUGUUAAAGCCCAUCAACUCGUCAAAUCCGAGAAGCUGAAGAUCGAAGAUUUCCAGACCAGCGUUCUUGUGCAUGGCGGCCCAUCGAAGGGCUGGCUUAUGUGGAGAGUCGAUGAUGAAGCAACUGUCGCUUCAGGUGAAGGCUUACCGUCUGCUGCGCGUGACAGAAUUGUCGCUUUCAAGGAUAAGCUUACAGACUUGGGGAAGGAGGACCUAUUCUACCGCUGGGUAGAAAUUAUUCAAUACGAGAGUACCCAUCCUGGCGGGUUCACUCCGGAGAGACAGAGGAGCGCAAUGCUAGAAGUAAGGGAACUGUUUGAAAAAGAAGGUGUGGAUUUUGAUCAGUUCUGGAAAGACAUUGGUGGCAUGGAAGGAGUUUCAUUGUGA